CAAAAGGAAUGCCUCGUGGCGGAAUCGAACCGCCGAUCUUCUCAUGUCACUAGUACUAGUGAGACGCUAUACCACUUAGCCAACAAGGCUUGUUAUUGGUUGGAAGCUUUGGGUGCAACAACGCAUUAUAUAGCGUGCAGGUUUACACGCAAGCCCCAUAGCUUGUGCUUCCCGCUUGUCAAUGAUGGGCUGUCCAGGCUCGUUGACUGUUUUCUUUCCCAAGUCUUGGGGCCGAGAGCCUUGAUGCAUUCGAAAUCGCAGAUGCCAAUGCAAAUUAUCCUAACUACACCACGAAGCCAGAAUAUGGCAAGGUGCGUUGCCCUCUGGAAAACAGGUUCGGCACAGAGUUACAUUCACAGGGAACGGGCCCCAAUGUCCUCUCUGGUUCCAAACUUCCAGUCAUUGUCUCUGCGGGGAGCUUUCACCAGGGCCUCUGGGGACGGAAGAGUGCUGCCGAUUCGUAGUGGAGUGCGGAGGGGCGGUGCAGAGUCGAGUUCGGUUGACCCAAAUCGAAGAUUUGACGUUGUCACAAGAGGCCCGUGUCGGGCUCUUCAUCAGUGGAAUGCCACAUGUGACAGGACGUCCAAGACUCCAAGACUUCUUGAGCAGCGGGAGGGCGCAUAG